GUGGGAACUGUGGGAAUGAUUGCGGCUGUAGCAGUCGGGAAGGUCCUUCGUUCCUCCCACUCCCGACAACAUACUGUACAGAGCCCCUGCCGAUACAUGGCAUUUCCUUGCAACGGCUUCUGGCCUCGUCGCCGCUGAAAUUCAGAAUAAGCUCCCUCUUCCACCGGGGAGGCAUCUGGAUGAUAAAAGUCAUCAGUCUUGCUGUUCUCAGUGGAUAAAAUGAGUUGAAGGCAAGGAUUAUUGAUUAAUAGUUUCUGUUGUACCUCUAUUUUAUCACAGGGGCCAGCAAUAAUUUAAAGACUUCUCUUUGCAGUGCAUGGACACAAAACCAAUGCGCAGGUGUACUAGUAAUCGAGCAGGUGAAACCGGAAUGGAUGUAACAAGCCGUUGCACUCUUGGAGAUCCCAACAAACUACCAGAAGGAGUGCCACAACCUGCUCGUAUGCCUUACAUCUCGGACAAGCACCCUCGCCAAACAUUGGAAGUUAUCAAUUUAUUGCGUAAGCACCGGGAACUGUGUGAUGUGGUGCUGGUUGUGGGGGCCAAAAAGAUCUAUGCCCAUCGAGUCAUCCUAUCAGCCUGCAGCCCCUACUUCCGAGCUAUGUUCACAGGAGAACUUGCAGAGAGCCGGCAGACUGAGGUGGUGAUCAGAGACAUUGAUGAAAGGGCCAUGGAAUUGCUUAUUGACUUUGCAUAUACUUCCCAAAUUACGGUAGAAGAAGGCAAUGUUCAGACCUUACUGCCAGCUGCUUGCCUUCUCCAACUAGCUGAGAUCCAAGAAGCCUGCUGUGAGUUUCUGAAAAGGCAGUUGGAUCCUUCCAAUUGCCUUGGCAUCCGAGCAUUUGCUGAUACUCAUUCUUGCCGUGAACUUCUUAGAAUUGCUGAUAAAUUCACUCAGCAUAAUUUUCAAGAGGUGAUGGAAAGUGAAGAAUUCAUGUUGCUUCCAGCUAAUCAGCUUAUUGACAUCAUUUCCAGUGAUGAACUGAAUGUCCGGAGCGAAGAACAAGUAUUCAAUGCAGUAAUGGCUUGGGUCAAAUACAGCAUUCAAGAAAGGCGCCCGCAGCUUCCUCAGGUUUUGCAACAUGUCCGCUUGCCACUGCUUAGUCCAAAGUUCUUGGUGGGCACAGUUGGCUCUGAUCCCCUCAUUAAAAGUGAUGAAGAAUGUAGGGAUUUAGUAGAUGAAGCUAAGAACUACCUGCUGUUGCCCCAAGAACGACCAUUGAUGCAGGGUCCUAGAACUCGACCACGCAAACCCAUCCGUUGUGGAGAGGUACUCUUUGCGGUGGGUGGCUGGUGUAGUGGAGAUGCAAUUUCCAGUGUUGAGCGCUAUGAUCCUCAAACAAAUGAGUGGCGGAUGGUGGCUUCCAUGAGCAAAAGACGAUGUGGUGUUGGAGUUAGUGUCUUGGACGAUCUUCUUUAUGCAGUAGGAGGACAUGAUGGUUCUUCCUACCUAAAUAGUGUAGAAAGAUAUGAUCCAAAAACCAAUCAAUGGAGCAGCGAUGUGGCACCUACCAGCACCUGCAGAACCAGUGUUGGAGUGGCAGUACUUGGUGGAUAUCUAUAUGCUGUAGGUGGUCAGGAUGGUGUUUCCUGUCUCAACAUCGUUGAAAGAUAUGAUCCAAAAGAAAACAAAUGGACUCGUGUAGCUUCCAUGAGUACUAGGCGACUUGGGGUGGCUGUGGCUGUGUUAGGGGGCUUCCUGUAUGCUGUUGGAGGCUCUGAUGGGACAUCACCUCUGAACACAGUGGAACGCUACAAUCCCCAGGAGAAUCGCUGGCAUACAAUUGCACCUAUGGGCACUCGACGCAAGCACCUAGGGUGUGCCGUGUAUCAAGAUAUGAUCUAUGCUGUGGGAGGCAGAGAUGAUACUACCGAACUUAGCAGUGCUGAGCGAUAUAAUCCCAGAACUAACCAGUGGUCUCCUGUAGUAGCCAUGACAUCACGCCGUAGUGGGGUUGGACUUGCUGUAGUGAACGGACAACUAAUGGCUGUAGGAGGCUUUGAUGGCACAACAUACUUGAAGACUAUUGAGGUAUUUGAUCCCGAUGCCAACACAUGGAGGCUGUAUGGAGGGAUGAACUAUCGUCGACUUGGAGGAGGUGUGGGGGUUAUCAAAAUGACACACUGCGAGUCCCAUAUAUGGUAAAGAGCCAAAGGGAAACAUUUCCUUGUUUCCUCAUUCCAACUGAAACAUUUGUGUUAGGUAACUUAAGAGCCUUUCAAGACUCUAGUAAAAUGAGAUCACUUAUGUUUUUGCUGUGCCUCUUCCUUUGGAACCGUAGUGGAUAUUCAAACAUUUGCCUUCUGCUACAAUUAAGGAAGAACAUGCUACCCUACUGCAAAAAACUCCCUGGAACAGUAAUUUCCUUGUCUUUAUCUUCCUAUCCUAAUAUAAUCUUUUUGCUGGAACUGGAAUCCACUGUUAACUCCAAGUAUUGUCUAUGAUCCCAGAUAUAUAUGAGUUCUUUUAAAGAGGUGACCCUGUGAGAAGAAAUGACAAGCUGUAAGAGCAAUGUUUCUAUAAAACAUCAUUUGCCUUGUUCAGAAAGUAUAUAAUAAAGCCAGAUAGCCCUCGGCAACUGCCUUGUUAUAAAGAAAAUGGCAUACAACCUACUCAUUUCAGCAGGAUGAGUGAUAGAUUUUGUUUAAAAUGCAUUGUACUGAGAUUAUUGGGCAGUUUUCUUAAAACUGAGGCUUACUCCGUUUAAUUCAUCUCUCUCUCUCUCUCUCUCACACACACACACACACACACACACACACACGCACAGAGCUAUUAAAUAAGGAUAUCAGUGUUACUCAGAAAAUUGAAACAAGAACAAAGUAUUGCAAAUUCAUGAUCUGGUUAUUGGAACAAGAAAUAGAAAUAUAGAACUUUUAGCACAAUUUAUUAGAUGGUUUCCAAAAAACUAAACAGAACCCAGGUCUACUUUUAUUUAGUGCCAUUAAUUUUACUGAAAUGAGUGAAAACUUUAGAUGCAUUUCACUAUUGGCAUAGUGGGAACAUUUCUCUAAUACACAAUCACAAAUCUGGAUUGUAAUCUUACAAUAUGGGUUAAAGGGGAAAAAGAAUCCUCAAUAAUUAAUAGGAAAUAAAAUAAAUUCCCAUUUUAGCCUCAGGUACUAUGCUUACUCUGCUUUAAAUGUCUGAAUUUCUGGAUUCCAAAAUAUAAGAAAACCAGCCUUACUACGCUUCUGAAAGGAGUGAUUAGAACAUUAGAACUUUCAGUUUAGCUUUUCUUAUUUAUCCUUAAGAUGUAGUUUUAUUCUGUUGGGGUGGUGGUGUCCUAGACCAGUUUAUGAAAAUUGGAUUGUAAAAAUAUAUUUAUUACAACAAUGCCAGCAUUGUAGCUGAAUCAGGUGCAGGAUAUCUAUGUACCGCUUACAUCUGAAUUGGGUGAUAACAAUUCUUAAUUUGAUACAGCCCAUGACACUAACCACUUCUUGUAAUUCCAAAAGCUGCAAAAGAAUGAAUAAACUGCUUUGAUCUUAGUGGAUUAUAACCAUUGGAAAAAAACAAGUGAUACUAAAGUGUCUUUUCACCUUUAUAAAAAACAAUUUUGUUUAUAAACUCAAGCAUCUUCAUUCAAUGUCUAUUACAUCUAUUCAUAGAUUGGGAUGGGGUGGAGAAUCACAAAUCAAAUUUUGGGAGACAUUACUUGAGAUGAUAAAACUUUUUACCCUAAAGGUUGGCAUUCUUGUGUUUACAUAUUGAACAUUUGCACCUUUAUGAAGAAAAAGUAUUCUGUAAACAAUUGUUUACAUAUCAUUUAUGCUUUUUCUAGCAUGUUAACUUGUAUAGUGUUAUUAAAUAAAAUCUGUGUGAGUAUUCUGU